ACCUUCUUUAUUUUUCCUGCGUCGAUAUCGCUCGACGAAGGGAGCGCACACUAUAUAUAAAGAUCUCUUGACUACGAUCUCAGAAAAAAAAACUUCUUCUUUUCCAUCUGUUCUUUCCUGCUGAUUUUUCAACCGCCAUGUACGCCAAGAUAUUCAUCAUUGCCUUUCUAGUGUCAUAUGUUUGUGCGGACGACCGUUACGGUUAUGACAGCGAAGAUGGUGACAGCCAUUUUGAGCCCCAACCUUACCACUUCGGCUACCACGUGAAGGAUCACCAUGGUGAGCAGCACAGAGAAGAAGCUAGCGAUGGCCAAGGAAACGUGAAAGGAAGUUACGGAUUUGUUGAUGAAAAGGGUAUCCACAGAGAAGUCCACUACGUGGCUGACGAUAAAGGAUUUCGGGCAGAGAUCAAGACAAACGAGCCAGGUACCGCCAAUCAGCAACCAGCAAGUGUUGGAUUCCAAUCAGAUUCCCAGGAUUAUCUUCAUUUUCACGAAGACAUUCCAGAACACGGAAAUGGAUACUUUUGAAUAACAGAUAAUUUUUCUCUUGGCCGGAACAUUUCAUUUCUCAAACCUCAAGUAAAAAAUAUACCUCCCAAUCCAAUUUGAAACGCCAAUAUUGUUGUGAUCCAAUUUUUCAUCUGAUUUGUUGGCACGGAAUGCAGCAGGUUCGGUCUGACCGAACCGGGAUGAUCAUUAUAAUGUGAAUGCAGUCAUCGAAUUAUGUCUUUCAUGAGCAGUUUUAAACUCAUCAGUCCAGUUUAAAACCCUCGAUUGUAAAUUUUGUUGCAACUUGUAAAUAAAAUACGUAUUUCAUUCUUGCA